AUGCUCAUGUUGGUGCUACGUGGGCCAUGGGUGGGUCUUCUUCUUGGUGGAGCUGCGCUUCUGAACUUGACGUCGGUUGUGCUUGGGAACUACACGACGGUGGAAAUUUACUCGGACGCGAAUUGUCAAUCGAUUCCCUUAGUCGUGACGUUAGAAACGGUCGUGGAUAACACGAGCUGCACGUCCAACGAUACGUGUGUAGCCACGGAGAUCAAUGAUUCCGCCUAUUACUAUGCCCGUCGAUGUGCCACGGACCGGUUUGAAUACGCCUCGUCGUUGUUUAGUGGCGCCAAGUACCUCAUGAUUGACGGGUUUCGAGAAGAAGGCUGUCUGGACUACGUGCGCUCGAAUAUCUUCCUGGCUGCAGGGACAUGUCAACUCGCGUCGUACGUUGGAACUCGGAGUGAAAUCGCCACGUUGUUCAAUGACGGCUCGGCGUACAUGACGAUUUACAAUGACUCGGCAUGCAGUGUCAAGGCGCAGAAGUUCGAUCUCAAUGCCUCGACGAUUCAAGAGAAUGCGUGCUAUCGGGGCUACAAUAAGUUUUAUACCUCGGACCAUACAGGGAUUGCCAUGGCAAAUGCUGAAAGCGGCAGUGGACGCAAUUCGACCUUGUCGAAGACGACCACGUCGCAUGUGUCCAAGAUGAGCACGAAAGCGCUGCUUGGGAUCGUAUUCGCUUGUCUGGUGAUUGUGAUUCUACCCGUCGUGGUGAUCUACUGGAAAGUCCGUCGAACGAAACGAAAGGACAAGCACAAUAUAGAUCGUACACGGAACCUUGACGUGGCUUUGGCCGUGAGUGACAAGCAUGAGAACGAAGAACAGUAUGCUUUUGAUGUGUCACCUAGAAGUGGACGGGAGGGUACGUUUGGUUCCCAUACAGGUAGAUUAGCAGCACCAGCGCUGCAUAAUAAUGCCUUGUGGACGGAUCCCGUGCGUACUCAAGGCGUGCGUGAAAGUCCGCUGUCUUCUCAUAAACAGAACAGGCAGAAGAUUCAAAAGUUGCGGAGCGAAGAGCUACGAAGUGGAGACAGGUUGCGGACUGAUCCGAUUGGAAGUGGUGGUCACCUGCAUUCUGAUGAGCUGUGUACUCCACCAGUGCGCGGCAAUCGAUUACAACGUCAGGAUUUGAGUGAUGAAGCUGUGUGCAGCCAUCCGAUGCGUAGUGAAGAUCUAAAGGAUGACCACCUCCUGAACGAAAACAAGCAGAUUAAACAGCAAAGUGUGGCCGAUCGGGUGGCAAACUGUGGUCAGCUGCCCAGCGAAUCCGUGUGGGGGACUCAGAUGCUUGAUGUUGAUCUCCAGAGCCAUCGUUGCCCUCCGCAUGAACUUUUACGAAGUGAUAUAGCUCGUGGUAUGGAACAAAAUAGUGGACAACCUAUUCACGCUCAAAGACUGCGUGGUCCGGUUACUGCAGAUAGCGUCUGCGAAGAUGAUGCUGUGUUGUCGUCUCGAAUUCCACGCGAUAGCGUGUUUGUUGAGGAUUUGAUCGGUCGCGGAGGGUAUGGCGAAGUGUACAAGGGCACAUAUGAGGGUCGAUCUGUUGCUGUAAAAAUGCUGUUUCCAGAAACGAGAAAAAACACGCGUUACGUGACGGAAUUUUUGACGGAAGUCAAGCUCAUGACAGUCCUGGACCACCCGCGUGUUGUACAAUUUAUUGGUGUGUCCUGGAAUAACUUGAUGGACUUGUGUGUCGUGACUGAGUUCAUGGCAGGAGGCGACUUGCGGGCGUGGCUGAGCGAUUGUGCAGACAACAACGGUUCUGUUGGUUUUGAUUUUACAAAAGUGAAGAUCGCAGCGCACGUUGUCCACGCGCUUGUCUACUUGCACUCGUUGACUCCAUCAGUGAUUCAUCGCGACUUGAAGUCGAGGAACAUUUUGCUGAGCGAGAACCAAGACGCAAAGUUGGCUGACUUUGGUGCGUCUCGUGAGCGAGUAGAUGGCACGAUGACAGCAGGAGUUGGUACGUCACUAUGGAUUGCACCGGAAGUGACGAUGGGCGAACGAUACGACGAAAAAGCCGACAUGUUCUCGUUCGGUGUCGUUCUUUCUGAAUUAGACUCUUUACAGAACCCAUACGCCCACGCCAAGGAGAACAAUCCAGCAGGACGGAAGAUGCCCGAUACAGCUAUUCUUCAGUUGGUGGCUAUGGGUAAAUUACGCGUCGAGUUCUCUCCAAAGACUCUCAAGGGAGUAGUACAUCUUGGUACAGCAUGUACAUCAAUCGAUCCGACGGAGCGGCCAACAGCAGCUGAGGCCUACCAGAAGCUCCAGAUGAUUUUGAAUCAAGAGGCAGCAAAAGCCGCCAAUGCAAAAUAA